ACCAUGGAAGAGUUCAUAGAAGAUUCCCCGACAUCCGCUGUCAUGCUAGACCACUGUCAUUUCGCUCAGGUCAUCUUCAACAGUGUGGAGAAGUUCUACGUUCCUGGAGGGGACAUCACAUGCUAUUAUACCCUCACCCAGCAUUUCAUCCCUCGUCGAAAGGAUUGGAUUGGCAUCUUUAGAGUGGGAUGGAAAACAACUCGUGAGUAUUAUACCUUCAUGUGGGUUACUUUGCCCGUUGACCUAAACAGUGAAUCACCCAAACAACAGGAAGUAAAAUUCAAAGCUUACUACCUGCCCAAGGAUGAUGAGUAUUACCAGUUCUGCUAUGUGGACCAGGAUGGCGGGGUCCGAGGAGCAAGUAUUCCUUUCCAGUUCCGUCCGGAAAGUGAAGAGGACAUCCUGGUUGUUACCACUCAGGAAGAGGUGGAAGAGAUUGAUCAACGGAACAAAGAGCUUUGUAAAGAGAACCAGGAACUGAAGGACAGCUGUGUCAACCUCCAGAAGCAGAACUCAGACAUUCAGCUUGAGCUCCAGAAGAUGCAGGAGGAGCUGGAAACCCUAAAGAGCAUCAAUAAGAAGUUGGAACAAAAAGUGAAAGAACAAAAGGACAGUUGGGAGACAGAGUUGCUUCAACUCAAAGAGCAAAACCAGAAGAUAUCUUCAGAAAAUGAGAAGAUGGGAAUCAGAGUAGAUCAGCUUCAGGUCCAGCUGUCAAGCCAAGAGAAAGAAAUGGAGAAGCUUAUUCAGAGAGAUAAAGAUAAGACUGAGAAACUGGAGCAUCUGAAAAAGGAAAAUGAUCAGCUAUUUUUCAGUUUAACUGAUCAGAGGAAGCAUCAGAAAAAGCUUGAGCAGACAGUGAACGAGAUGAAGCAGAAGGAAAGUGCCGCAACAAGGAAGCAGCAGGAGUUAAUGGACCAGAACUUUGACCUAUCAAAAAGACUAAGUGAGAAUGAGUUUAUAUGUAAAACUCUGCAGACAGAAAAUGAGAAAAUGGAGGAAGUAAAUGAAUUUCUGAAGAGAGAGAACAGCAGAUUGCUGAGUUACAUGGGUCUAGACUCCAUGCCAUAUCAAGUGCCUGCUUUAGCUCAAGGAGGUGUGCCACGAAAUCCAGGACUUGUGUAUGGAAACCCAUAUUGUGGUAUCCAAGAAAGUUCUUCUCCCAGUCUGGCGUCCAUCACAAAAUGCCCCAGCUGCAACAUGAAGUUUACUGAUGAUCUGGAUACAGAGGAUCAUGCUUUGGCGCAGCAUGUUCAGGCCCUUUGUUUGGACUGUCCAGUUUGUGACCGGAGCUUUCCAGUAGACCAGAAGCAGAUCUUUGAGGACCAUGUGUUCUGCCACUCUCUAUUUUAG